AUGGACCAGAAAAGAGUGAGUGGUUUACGCUGCUGGAAGUGUAUCGCUCACGACUGUGACCUUGACCCUGAAGAUAACUACAAGGCUACCAAGGUCGACUGUAAAGGUGGAAACCAAAAGUGUAUGAAAGUCCAGUACCGGAUGUUUGACAACGUCACGCAUUACGAUUCUGUGAUACGCACGUGUACUGACAGACCGUGUCACGUGACACGAAUGGACAAGUUUUUUAAGUGUAUAGCCACACCCAAACAGUAUAUGAUAAGUGGAUGUACUCUACGUACGUGCUGUUGGGAUAGGGACUAUUGUAAUGGUGCUGAAGCAACUAGGGUAGAAUUGUAG